UCACCUGCCGGCCUGGUAAACGACUUCCGAUUGUACAUUCCGUCAGAGGAAUGGCCCACUAUGCUCUGAGCAAGGCUCCCUCUACUCCUCUUCCCCACACCAACACCCUCCAGGACGUCUCCGGAACGCUGAGUAUCAUCGUCGAGGCCAUUAUGGUGGUCGUCAACAUAUUUCCUAUAGUAGUCGCGUUGAGGACGAAGCGGCAAAAAGACAGAUUGGUGACGGAUGAACUCAUCAUCGCUCUGAGUAUCACGGAUAUACUGUCAGUCGUUGUGCCUACGCCUUUCGGUCUUGUGUCCUAUUUCAACAAGACCUGGUACGGCGGGAAGCCGACAUGCGAGUUUUACCAACUUACCAUGUUGUGGUUUCAAAUCGUUUCCAUUCUAAUCAUCACGUAUAUGUGUAUUGAUAGAUUGCUCUCUCUCAGGAUGGCUCUGUAUUACAAGGUGAAUGGUUUAAACGUCGUUGAAAGGGUGAAAUACUUCGUCUUGGCCAUUUACAUCUUUGCUUUGCUAAUCGCCGCGCUGCCGUUGAUAGGUUUGGCGCCGCCCGCCAUGUCCACUUCCGGUCUGCUCUGUGAGUCCUGGAUAACGUCUAUGCCGAAAAGCGGCGAGCAGAGCGUGUUUUACAUCACGAUUUUAGUGCUAGGUUACGCCAACCUACUCGUGGUCUUGGUCGUUAAUACCAGAGUGACUUCCAUGAUGUGGAAACUGCAGAGAAAACUACAGCCUUUGGCCAAUCGGCGCCAGACGAACGUGAUACAGUUACAAACUGACAGGAAGGCUAUCGUGGAGUUCACCUGGAUGAUCAUUACUGUCACUAUUUUAUUUUACCUCACCUGGUUCCCAACUAUGCUCAUGCUCACUGUGCAGAAGGCCGGGUUCAAAGUCAGUGACAUCGCAGUUCUCUACGCCUUGCUCAGCACUACCCUGACGGGUCUACUUAACCCACUUAUCUACGGCCUCUUCUCUAAGAGUUACCGUCGCGGUUACAGACACAUUCUGACGGCCACAUUCCGAUUCUUCUGUCGCUGCAAGAAAAAGGAGUUCCAGCCUAUACCGGCCAUCGCAUGUGAUCGUGCAAGAGGACCUGACCCGGAAGACUUUAUUGGCCAAACCACAGACAUCGAUGGAGAGCUCAAGAGGUCAAGGUCAUUACACGACCGACCUUUCGGUUUCGGAUUUUACAACUACGGAUUUCAAACAUCGUUAUACUCGGCUUUGACAGAUUAUCAAGUUCCAGGUCGGUCAAAAAGCCGGACUUCCAUUGACAUGGAUGCCAAAGGUUGUAAACGGCGGGCACGUAGUUUGACACCUCCGCUGACCCAGUCGACCUCUGAACCCGUUAUCAAUGUACAAAUAGAAGAUCACGUGACUUUGAGUUCGCGCUCCUCGGAAGGAUCUUCCCAAAUUUCGAACAGUAGCCAUAAUUCGGAGGCUGACUUAGAGUACGAAGACGACACAGAAGAGGAGCAUGAUGACAUAUCUAUGCAAGAGACGCGGAUUUAGGCAUUUUCGGGUUUUGUUUUCCCGUUUUCCGAGGAAAGAACUGUUUAGCCAGAUUCGCUCGUCAAUUCCAGAGUACUGUGGAGAAUUUUUCAUAUGUGAACAUGUGCUCAAGCCAAGUGUUUGGAAAAUCUGUGAUAAACGUUAUUCUUAAAUCAAAUCUUAUGUUUGCCAGACUAGUCGCCAUAUUGGCAAGGGAAACCCAAAAUUACCUGUGAAAACCCUGGAAUGAACAUCUCCUUAUGUACAUCAAUACAAAGGUCUUCCGCCUGGCUUUUCGUUCGUCACCACGGUUAACAAAUAGAUGACGAC